GCUAAUUAUAUACAUCCCCGCAUGGCGCAGCUCACGGACGGCAAGCCGACGGGGUCGAACCCGCUCUGGAAGUCGUGGGAUGCCAAGUCCACCAAAGCCGGUCCGCACCACUCGGUGUACUGGGUCAAGCACAGCGCGGCGCAUGCAAGCGAAGACAAGUACGGCAACCCGAGUGCGAACCCCAAGUCGCGCUACACGCUGGCGGCCAAAUACAACGGCGACUGGGCCAACGACAAGAAGGCCGGGUAUGGCACGCAGGUGUGCGCCAACGGCAACAAGUACGAAGGCGAGUGGGUCGACGGCAAGCGCCAUGGCAAAGGCACGUUCUGGGUCAAGCGGCACGCGACGCUGCGCAAGCAGUAUACGGGCGACUGGGCCGAAGACGAGCGCCACGGCCUUGGCGUCUACUACUACGAAGAUGGCGGCAAGUACGAAGGCUUCUGGACGCGCGGCCAGCGCGAUGGCAAAGGGCGUAUGACGUACGCGGACGGCGCGGUCUACGAAGGCAAGUGGGCCAAGAACGAGCGCAGCGGCAUGGGCACCCUCCACUUGCCCAACGGCAACCACUACGAAGGGUACUGGAUGCAUGACAUGAAGGAAGGCCCGGGCCGGUUCUUUUACAAGAACACCCACAAGAUCUACGAGGCCGAGUGGCAGGCCGACACGGCCAAGUGCGGGACGUAUCAUGACAUGGACAGCGACGCGGUCGCCCCCGAGCACUUUGAGCUGCCCGAGCUCGAGCUCGCGUCGCCCGAGUCGGUGCUCAACGACACGAUCACCGCGCUCCGGGCGCAGCGCCUCCACGACGAAGCGACGCCGUCCGAGGCCGUCUUUGCGCUACCCGUCGACGUCCAAGCCCGCAUCCAAGAGGCGUUCCAUGCGAUCGACCGCGCCCAUAAAGGCACGAUCCGAUGCGUGGACUUGGUCCGGCUCCUCCAGCAGAUCGAGUGGGAUGGUCUGCACAACGCCCAAGCCGACGUCAGCAGCAAGGUCGAGGGGCUACUUCACGAGCUCGGUGUGUCGUACGACACAGAGAUCACGUUUCCCGAGUGCAUCGACAUCCUUGCGGUCCUCCUCGAGCCCGAAGACAACCGGACGGCUGUGUCGUAGGAUGUAGUACGCUGCUGCUGAUGAGGAUGAAGAGGAUGAGGAUGGAAUGGA